AUGUGGUGGCGAGAGAUAACACGAUGGCUCAAAUGUAAAAAGCAGGACGAUCCACAAAAGAGUGUGGAGGAUAGAUUUAUCACCUUGGAGAAGGUUUGGGAAUGCGAAGGGAGGCUUUUAAAAGAAGGAGACCCGAAUGGGCGACUCAAGGAUCUGUGCCUGUCAUUUUCGCUCUUCAAGUUCAUCUGCAUGAAAUUCGCUGGCUAUUCGUUGCCUCAAGAAGCUCACAACAAGUUACAGCGCUUGAUUAAACAUAUGCUUAGUAAAGAGAAUGGUCAUGAAUUUCUUCUACUCGCUAUUGUGGUUGCUGCUCCUCUGAUUGCAAAGUUCUCUGGAAAACAUGACUCUUGCGACUGGCUAAUUUUGUCUGAUGUUGGUCCAAAUGUUAGUUGUAAUGGUCUGGCUAAUUUUGUAACAAUCUUCCUUAUGAUGUCAAUCCUAGUCAUCGAGUUUGUAAAUUUUUGCAUCAUGAUUUUCUCCGAAUGGGCGAAGGUGACGUACAUAUGCAAGUAUGUGCAGAAUGAUUGGUGGCUAACGAAUAGAUGUUCUGAGAAGUUGAUCGAGAUAAUGUGCCGAGUUUGGUUACAGCCUUGGGGAAGACAACUUCGUCAAUACUCGCUCCUCCAAGCAUAUAGCUAUUCUCCAUGGAAGUGUAUAAAUAAUAGAUUCACCGCUGCUUAUUUCGACCAAGAAGGGGACGGUCAGAAACAAAUUGCUCCCAUCAAUUUGUCUAAACAAGCGAAGGAGGCGAUUGCUCAGUCUCUAAUGAAGUAUUUGGAGGAGGGGCAAGUGUCUUUGAGGCGCAAUGACUUGUCCAAUAAGUUCUCAGAGGCAUGUAAUCUUGAGACAACUACUCAUGUUAUAAUGGUCUGGCACAUAGCAACAACUUCCUGUGAGCAUGAAGUGCCUUUCGCUCAACCUUUACAAGAUCAGACAGACAACUUUGACAUAGCGACUAAGCUAUCGCAAUAUCUUGCUUACUUGGUUGCUUACGCCCCGAGGUUGCUCCCUAGUCACCCCUGCAGGACCGAAUACAUAUUUGGUAGUGCUGUCAGCGAAGCCAGAGAAAUAUUGGGAGGUUCCUUUGUUUCAAUGGAAGAGAGGAUUCGAAAGCUAAAAGAAAUUGACAACGAACAAUGCUCAGAAACGAUCGUGGGUCGAGGCACGCAGCUAGGAAUGAAGCUUGUGAAUGAAUUAGAGGAUAAGGAGCAAAUUUGGAAGGUCUUGGCUGACUUCUGGGUGGAUAUGAUUCUGUAUGUGGCUCCUUCAAAUAAUACGGCGGUUCAUGCGAAGUAUCUCACCACCGGGGGCGAGUUUGUGACUCACGUUUGGGCUUUGGUCUCUCACGUAGGCAUUACGAGAGAUCCACGCGAUCGUGAGUAA